AUGCUCGGCUAGCAAGGAUUUCCACAAAUUAACUAAAACUAGAACUAAUCAUUAAGUCCAAGUGUAUAAUUUUUAGGAAAGCAAAGGAAUGUAGAAUUGUCUAAAAAGAUAAAGAACCUUUUUAAUUCAGAUAAUGAAAUUUCAGAAGUUAAAGUCAAGCCUAUCAAUGCCAUUGUAAAUUCAUAUAGGAAGUAGCUAACUCUUUCUUCAGAUUCAAGCAAAGAAAGCCUUAGACAUAGUCCCACUUUAAGAGAUAAUCGCCUAGAUGAAAUACUUGGAAUAGACUUUGAGUCUCCAAAGCAAUAUCUGAUAAAGAUUGAAGGUGAAAUUUUACAAGACUUAAAAUCUUAGGAAGAUCCAUUGCAAGCUCAGGAAAACAAAAUCAAGAAGAAAUUAUUUUAAGACAAGGUUGAUUUUUUCAGACACAGAUUAGAAAUCGCUUACAAAAGAAAACCAUUUGUAAUGCGUUGUAUCAACAAAUUCAGAGGUAUAGCGAAAUGCUUUGAGUGGACUUCAAUUAAAGGAGAUGGAAAAACUUAUAGAAAUGAAUAAGAAAGUAGCAAGAUCGUGGAUCAUUGA